AUGUCAAGAACAAUGAGAAAACCGCUUCCAUUAUUUGUUCACUACGGUUUCGCUGGCGGUAUUUCUUGUUCCGCAAUUGUUUCGGUGAAUAAUGAACCCUAUUUGGCCGUUGGCACCACAAAUGGAAAGUGUGAGCUUUAUUCACCUAGAACUCAUUUGCGCACCUCCAUAAUUUACAUUGACCCAAAUAAUCGUUCAGUAGCAGCGGUGGGACAAUUUACAAAAGACUGCUUAUUUGUGCAUAUUCGUGCUUAUGCAAUUAUAUUAGUAUCUGUGGAUAAAGCUUCGAAGAUAUUAAGUUUCUGUCUCACAAGGACAAUAAAAACAGAAUUCUACGGCUUUUGUGGUUCAUUUUGUUAUGAAUCUCAAUUAUUUUGUCCAUUUCUUGAGAAUAGCAAAUGUUUGAUCGGCGUUUUUACCGACGAAACAGAACAGAUGUCUCGAUUUUGGUCUCCUGAUGAUGAUGCUAGCACUUUCAUGGCCUUCUCUAUAUCUAAUAAUGGAUAUUUAGCUUGUGGUUUAGAAACGGGAAAAAUAAAAGUUGUGAAUGUUGAAGAUUUCAGUGUUAUAGGUGAGAAAAAACUUUUUCCCGAACCUGUUCUUGCUUGUGCAUCAUUUGCUAACACACUAGCCGUGUCAUCUGUUAAAUCUCCAUUGGUGUUGGUCACUGUGAGAAUAAAUGAAAUCGUUGUUGAGAAGGAGAUUUUGUUCCCUCAAAAAGCUGGUGGCUGCUCUUCUCUAUCCUUUUCAAAUUGCGGCAAAGAGCUUGCUUCUGGAUAUUGGAAUGGAACUGUGCGUGUAAAUUCCGUGAAAACAGGAGCAAUACGAGCCGUUCUAGAUUUUCACUCUGAAAUCAUCAAUUGUUUGUGCUGGACUAAAAUUGAUGGCCAACGAUUACUGUUUGUUUGUUCAAAGGAUACCAAAUUAUCAAUAUGGAAUUUAUACAAUGAUUAA